CUACCGUCACGCAUUUCGACCAUGACUGUUGAUCCGCCUCACACCUCCAACCCCAAAGGAUUCGGGGGACCCUACGCCAACCACCUCUACCUGGACGUCCUGAUCGUGGGCGCCGGAUUCAGCGGCAUCUACUGCCUGCAUGAGCUGCGGAAACUAGAUCUGAAAACGGUCAUCUUUGACACGGCCCCGGACCUGGGCGGGACCUGGCGAUGGAAUCGCUAUCCCGGGGCGCGGUUGGACUCCGAGGUGCCCGAGUAUCAGUUCUCGUUCCCGGAAACCUGGGCCAAUUGGAAUUGGUCCACCAACUACCCUGCCUAUGACGAGCUGCGUCGAUACUUCGACCACAUUGAAAGCGUGCUUGACGUUAAAAAGGACUGUGCGUUUGACACAACGGUCGUGGGAGCCGAGUUCGACCCCAAGUCCGGGCGCUGGCAGGUCACCACUGCCGACGGCCGCCAGGUGACGGCGAAGUAUUUCAUCGUCGCGACCGGUUUUUCGGCUAAGCGUCAUGUUCCUGAUUGGCCCGGCAUGGACUCCUUCCAGGGAGACAUCCACCACUCGGCCCUCUGGCCUGAAGAAGGCGUCAACGUCCAGGACAAGCGAUGUGCCGUGAUCGGCACCGGAGCGUCGGGGGUCCAGCUGACCCAAGCCCUGGGACCUGUUGCCAGCUCCCUCAAGGUCUUCCAACGCACGCCCAACCUAGCCAUCCCGAUGCGUCUGCGCCCUCUCACCGUGGAAGAGCAAGAACGAGUCAAGCCGGUAUAUCCGCAGUUGUUCCAGCUCCGGGAAAGGUCCUUCGGGGGCUUCACAUACGACUUCAUCGAGCGGGGCGUAUUCGACGAGGACGACAAGGAACGUCAGGCUUUUCUGGAGCAGCUCUGGGAGCAUGGGGGCUUCCGGUACUGGGUUGGCACGUACCCUGACUCCCUAUUUGAUACCACAGCCAACCGGAACAUCUACGAUUUCUGGGCGCGCAAGGUCCGCGCACGCAUCGACAAUCCGGCCACUCGCGAUCUCCUGGCCCCGUUGGAGCCACCUCACCCGUGGGGAGUCAAACGACCCAGCUUGGAAGUCAGCUACUACGAUCAGUUCAACCGACCCAAUGUGGACCUGGUCGAUGUGCGUAGCAACGCCAUCGAGUCGUUCACGGAGAAAGGCAUCCUCAUGGCCGACGGUACGGAGCAUGAAUUCGACGUGAUCUGUGUCGCAACCGGCUUCGACGUGUCCACGGGUGGGCUUGUGAACAUGGGUCUGCGCAGCAUCCACGGGACAUAUUUGAAAGAUGAAUGGGCGUCGACGGUGCACACGCACCUCGGACUCACCAUUCACGGCUAUCCCAAUCUCUUCUUCAUGUACGGUCCCCAUGCACCCACGGCAAUCUCCAAUGGACCUACCACCAUCGAGGUGCAGGGGCGAUGGAUUGUGGACGCGAUCAAGGCGAUGGAGCGGAAGGGGAUCAAAUCCAUUGAUCCGACAUUGGCGUCUACGCAUGCAUGGAAACACACCAUCAAUACGCUGUCGGAUCGUACCUUGUUCCCGACGACGCGGUCCACGUAUAUGGGGGGCACGUUUCCGGGGAAGCCGUUCGAGCAGUUGAAUUAUACGGGCGGGAUUCCGAAUUAUCGCGCGGAGAUUCGGAAAGUGUUGCCGCACUUUGAGGGGUUUGAUGUUGUGAUGCAGUAAUCCUCUUCUUGUUUUUUGCAUUUCUUAUCGCGGUAGUCGUUCAUUGGAAUGGUGGUGAGAGGUUCACACCGUCUGUCAAUAGAGUUGGUGUUUACUAUGGACCAGCAA